AUGGCUUCGGUGACAGAAACGCUGGAGAUCUUCGGGAAGAGAUUGCAAAGCUUUGAGAGCUGCAACGCUGGUGCUCAGCUGGCGCUGGAACAUGGCGAGGCGCAGGAUGCGAUGCUUUGGUCACAGGGUGCGUCCUUGUAUUUCGACUUCGAUGACCUGGAUGACCAAGAGACCAACAUGGGCGGCGAGCCCGAGGUAGCCAUCUCGGAGUUGAAACCCUCCAAGACUAGGUUGGUGGACGGCUUGGUGAAUUUGAAGAUCCUCGCAGCCAUGACCGGCUUGGAAGUGUGCAAGUUGGCGAACACCGCUAUGAGCACCCCAAUCCGAGCCAUUAAGGAGCGCGUGGAACGGCUGGAGGGCACGAAAUUGCAGAUGCAGAAGCUGGUGGCUGUGAACGGCCAGGUGGGCCAGGACGAUGAUUUGCUUGCCGACCUCCUGUGUGAUGGGCCGCCGCAGCUCCUUUUGGUGCGCUCCCUGCCGGUAUGGGCAGGACUCCUGGACGAGAUCGAGCGUGGUGAAGUAGAGCUACAGGAUUUGGAUGAAGGUGCCCGAAAUGACUUUCCGCUGGUGCUCGCGGCUGUGCGAGCCAGCCAGGGGCGAGCCUUAGAACAUGCCUCAUGGGCGCUUCGUGGCGAGAAGGCCAUCGUCCUGGAGGCUGUCAAGCGCAACGGCUUGGCUCUGCGCCAUGCGCAGAUGACGCUGCGGGCGGACCGUGACGUGGUUCUGACGGCGGUGCGCGAUUGCCCCUUGGCCUUAGAGCACGCUGCUGAGACCGUGCGGCGCGACCGGGACGUCGUGGUGGCUGCACUGCGGAUCUCAGUGAAGGCGGCAGGUGGACUUAGCCAGGAGCUUCGGCAGGAUCAACCUUUUGCCUUGGAGCUGCUUCGGACCUUCCCUGGAGCCUGGGUCUAUUUGGCCAAAGAGCUGAAGGACUCUCGAGAUUUCCUGCUGUGUGCCCUGCAGCAGAACGGUGAGGUGCUGCGCUACGCAGCUGGCUGGCACUCCGACGCCGAGGCAGCACUCACCGCUGUGCAGAAGGCCUCACAUGCAGUGCAUUACGUGGACUCACGAUUGCGACAGCGAGGAGAGUUUGCUCGAGCUGCAGUGAUGGUGAAUCCCUGGGCCUUCGAGCAGCUUGGUUCUCAUCACCGUGGCAACCUGCAGCUGGCAUUGGCGGCGGCCCGUGCACGGCCGGCCCUGGCGCAGUUUGCGGGCGAAAGCAUCAGAAAUGACGUCCGAGGCUGUGGGCGCGCCGCAGGGCUAUGUGGAGGGCCCCGUGUGGUGGACGCCGGAGGCUUUCAAGCCGCUGGUAGAGACGACGGGCCAAAAAGCGGCGCCACGACGGUGCGUUUGGAUGGCGGUGGCGAGGUGAUGGAUGCUGGUGCGGAUGGAAUGGAAUUGCCGAGCCCAAAAAGGAACCAGCAGAGAAGGCAAAGGCGUGGCCACAAGACCUUUCCGGUGCUGCUGUGGCGACUGCCACCGGAGGGCCUCUCCAUUGAGGACGCUGGCCGUGUCUUUGUUGUGGAUCAAAUCUGCUAUGACCCCCUCUCUGGUUUUGUAUUUCUGGAAUUCGACGUGGGCAGACAGGAGCCUGCGAAGGAGGAUCCCAAGGCAAAACUGCCCGACUCUCAGCGCGAACCGUUAGAAGAAGCCAAGCAGAAAUAUGCGGAUGAUGAGCGAGAUGAACUCGCACGAAUUGAACUGCUCGAGCCCAAAAGAUUUGAAGUUGUACGACGCUUGCUGAUUGAAUUGAAAACUGAUGAUCAGCCGAUGUUACUGAGGCGGAAGCAGAAUCGAGAGACGAAGGCCAAAGGAUCCCAGCUCUCCGGGCCACUGGGCGAAAAGAACCGGGACAAGAGCAUUGCCAGAGUUUCAAACACCCUGGCAAUUCAGUUUCACCUAGAUAAGUGCCCAACAACCUUUGCACAAGCUGCGGAGCUCUUCAAGGACCAUGAUGUGGCCCGGUUGGACAUGUCCUUCGCACCCUGUACGAACCUGGUUCUUGUGACCUUUUACGAUGUGCGGGUGGCCCAGCAGGUCCUGAAGCGCGUAAAGCCCUUUGGUUGGCCUGCUCGGGAAGGGAUGAAUGACUUCCGCUCGGUGAGGUUGUCGAUCUCUGAGUUUGCAAGUCUUCCGCAGCACGACAGAGGCUUUGAGAGGCUGAAGCUCUUCAAGGGCGAAGUGGAGCUGGACGCCGUGAUGAAGGACAUCGUUCGGUGGCCCAACUCGGACAUCGCCGGACAUCGCGAGGUAAACUUGUGA